CAAAAUAGUCUCAUGGCUCAUUCAGUGUUACGAAAUCGACCUUACUGUAUCGUUCAGUAUUCUAAAAAGCUUCAAAAUGAAGUUCAUUGUCGUUUGUGUAACUGUGUGCGCAAUAGCGCUGAGUUUUUGUUUUGAUUUUACUCUUGGUGCAAGACCUCCAAAGGUUGUUGCCAAUAGUUUUCUGAAUCACAAUCAUGACGAAAGACGCCUUCACAGCGACUUCUCUCCCAUUCACUCUGAAAAUUAUUACAUAAAACAUCCCAAUAUUCCGAGUGGCGAGGGUGGUCGACGAAUUAAAGUCGUUCGAAGCGAUCCAAACUUUUCUAUUACUGAUUUUGCAAACGAACUGGAUCAGCAAUACAACGAAACGAUAACAAAAAUUGUUGCAUCAUGGCUGAAUUGCAGCAAAACAUUCGAUGUGCCGACUGGCGAAGCGUCACAGUUGUUUGCAACUAAAGUAAGACAAGUGUCCCAAAUUGUGCCCAGACCCCAAAGAUGUGCUGUAGACUGUGUGCUGCGUCAAUUAGGCGUGAUAACUGAUGCUGGCAUGAACGAGACAGAAUAUAUGUUGCAGAUCAAGAAACUGCGGUUCAAUCACACAUCAUUCGACAUAACCAAAAAGUCGAAUGAAACAAAAGCAAUGAUAUUGGACACGACCUAUCAAAAAAUGAUGAGCUUGGCCACUAAUGAUGAGUGUUUUGCAGUGAGCGGUACUCGUGGUUUAGUUAACGGUACUCGUGGUUUCAGGGAAAAUGCGCCUCCACAUUUAUCUGAAAUUUGUCACGGUCUCAUCGACUCCUAUGCAUACGCGGCUAGUCUAUGCAAACAUAUGUCCAAUGAUCCUAGAGGCGACAACUGUAUGACGUCUUACAUAAAAGUGCAGUGCAUGAACGAAUUGCAGACUUUCAGACGUGGUUAUCAAAGUCCUUUUUAUCCGAUUCCUGGUGAAACAUUUGUUGCAACCGAAAAAGCUGUUAUGGCCUGUUGAGUUGACCCGAAACAUUUUUGAAUUUUAUCCACGCGGUUGCGUUUGAAUUGAAUUGACAAGGAAGAAGUGAAUUGAAUUGACAGAGAAGAAGAUUUUUGAUUUUAAAUAAUUUUGAUUUCGUUCGGAAUAAAUGUGUUCUAAUUGUU